AUGCCUGGGAGGAUUCGUCGGACGCUCAAGAACACCAGCCUGGCCGGCAAAACAGCCAUUAUCACUGGGGGCAACAAAGGCCUUGGUUUUGAAGUUGCCAGGCAGUUUCUACUGCUUAAAGUAUCGCGGUUGAUCAUCACCACACGCGAUGAGGCCAAGGGUAGAGCCGCAGUGGCAGCCCUCAGCAGCGAUCCAGAAGUAGUCGCAGCCUGGGCCCAGGAAGACAACAGCCUCAAUAUCGAAUAUUACCUGUUGGAGAUCGAGGACUACAAGUCCGGUCUUCUGUUUAUCCAAAAGGUCACAGAGAACGUCCUUGAGCUCGAUUUCUUGGUGCUGAACGCCGGAGUGAACAUCUUCGAGUAUCAAACCAGCAUCAGCGGUCAUGAGAAGGUCAUGCAAGUCAACUGCUACACCCACUUCCUUCUCGUUAUCCACCUCUCGGUACUGAUGCGCAAGUCAUCCAAGAGGAUCAACACCCCCGGCCACAUCACCCUCGUUGGCUCCUUCUCCCAUGAACAGCACACUUUCGAGGAGAUCCCAAUUGCCGCCAACCAGAGAAUCUUGGACUACUACGAUGACAAGAGCAACUUUCGCCGUUUCAGACGCUAUCAGGAUAGCAAGUUUGUUAUCAAUGCUUUUGUACAGCAAAUGGCUAGUAUGUUGCUUCCAAAUGAGGUCAUCCUCAACAAUGUUUGCCCUGGUGUCAUUGAGACCAGUAUUAAUCAGAACAUGCCCUUGUGGGCCAAACCUUUCAUGUGGGUGUAUACCAAGAGGUACAAACGCCCUUUGCUUGAGGGGGCACGGCUCAUUGUCAAGGCUGCUGUGGCUGUUGGUCAGGAGAGCCAUGGUUUGUUUCUUCAGAAGGGUGUGAUGGGUCGGGGUGCGCCAUUCCUGGAUCGAGAAGUUGGUCGCGAUUUCCGACGGCGGCUGUGGAGAGAGGUGGUCAUAGAUCUGCUUUGUGCCGACUCUCGGCUUGGAAUCGAACGUCUCCUGCGAAAUCACCUUAUGAUGGAAAGGGGAGAAUGGGAGUGA